AUGUCUGAUCAAGCCGAGUCCAAGACAGGAGAAACUAUAACAAGCGAAAUAGAAAGGCAUGAACAUGAACAUGUAUUACGCCCUACAAUUCCUCUUGAUGAAAGAAAAUUAACCAAGGACUCUCGCAUUACUGAUGAUUUAGAAUUGGCCGCAUAUGAGACCCGUAGUGUCGACGAGGGUGUCAAUUCAUGGCAACCAGAGGUACCUUGGUAUAGGCAUCCGACAAAAAAACGGUGGCUUCUUUGGGGACUCGUGGGAUUUUUUAUCGUCAUUGUUAUUGUCG